UCUAGGCUUUCGCUCCAUUCCCUAUCACCAAGAAUCCUCGCAUUAAAAGUUACGGGUUUGCUUCAAAGCCAACCGAACCUCCCCACACCUCUUCUUAUCCUUCUUGUUUGCCCCCCUCACGUUAUUACUGAACUCCUUUCUUUCUAUCCCUCCUUUUUAGCCAGCCCUCGUUAGAGAGGCAAGGCAAACACAUGCCUUUACCGUGCUCCACUUUUUGUUUCAUUUUUAGUUAUGACUCUCUCCCCUUUUUCUCUAGCUAUACCUGUGAUUUUUUGGAACCAACCCUUUUCUUAACCGACCUUAGCUAAGUAUCGAGUGCACACAACUUGGUUGGAUAGCCCACCCUUCCCCCGUCCUUUUCUAUUUGUUUCUUCCCACUCCCCCUCUCUUCACUCCACACCUCUCCUAUUUCCACCUAAUUCCCUAUAUUUUAACUUCCUCUCUCUCAGCUAUAUAUGUGAGCAAGUGAGCUUGGCAACGGAAGGAAUGGCGGACUAAUUCACGGUUCUUCUUCACAAGAGGAAAGGGCGGCUUUUGACUCCUCUCGCUAUAUAUAAAUAUAAAUAAACUCCCAUCCAUCCCUUCAUUGUUCCACCUCUCUCCCACUAUAAAUAUAUAUAUAUAUAUUAUCGACACCCUCUUCCACUCCAUCCACCUCGCUUCCUCCAUCACUUUACCUCGUUUUCUCCUCCUCCUCCUCUUCUUCUCUUUCUCUCUCGUCUUAGGGGAAGGGGAGAUGGAAUCUCCAGAAGAAGCCAUGGGCUCCAACAGCACCACCAGCAACGGCAACGGCGGCGAGUGUACGCACGCCACCUCCACCGCCAUCGUCGUGAAGGGAAAGCGCACCAAGCGGCCAAGGACCCAACCGCUGGCCCUGGCGGCCGCCAUGGCGGUUGCCGACUCCUCCUCGGCCUCCUCGGCUGAUGCUUCGGGGAGCAUCACCGAGGAGGAGGAGGACAUGGCCAAUUGCCUCAUCCUCCUCGCCCAGGGUCGCGCCCUCGAUGCCGGCGGCCCCAAGCCGGAAUUGCCGGCAGAAGAGGGCGGCGGGACCGAUAAGUUCACGAGCCGGAGAUUCACUGAGGCGGCGACGACCACCGGCGGCAAGGCUGGGUUCUACGUGUACGAGUGCAAGACAUGCAACAAAUGCUUCCCGUCGUUCCAGGCGCUGGGCGGGCACCGCGCGAGCCACAAGAAGCCUAAGCUGGCGAUCACGGCGGGCGAAGAGAAGAAGGCGUCGGUCGAAGAAGAUAUGCUGAAGAUAAGUAUGAAUUCUUUCUCCAAGGCAAUGGUCAGCGGCGGCAGCACCAAGCCGAGGGUGCACGAGUGCUCGAUUUGCGGGUCGGAGUUCAACUCCGGGCAGGCGCUGGGGGGCCACAUGCGGCGGCACCGGCCGGUGGUAAUCCCGGAGGCCGCAGAAGCCAAGAAGGAGCGGACGAUCCUCUCCUUGGAUCUCAACCUCCCAGCGCCCUCCGAUGACGACCGGCCCGAGCUCCAAAGGCCGUCCUCGCCGGCUUUCUCCUUUGCCAGCAAGCCGCCGCUCAUCUUCCCGGCGUCGGCGUCGGCCUUGGUGGAUUGCCAUUACUGAGAGCAAACUAAUGGAAGCAGAGCUAUCCAUUCUUUCUUCUUUCUUUUCCAUUUCCUUUCAUUUUCUUUUCUUUUCUUGUUUUUUUUUUUCUUUUGUUCUAAAAGAUUAAAUUGAGGAUUAUGUGGGUCAUGUGAAUUACUUAUUUGCAAGUUGGUAUUGAUAUAUAUGGAUGAUUCUUUGAAUUCUUUUUAUGUA